CGCGAUGCGAGCAUUGAAAUGAGUUGCACAGAAGGCAACGAAGAUGGAAAAAGAUACGCCACCCGUUGAAGUUAAAGAAUUUAUUAAGCUGGCAGACUUCCAGGUUGGUCCAGACCAUGUUACUUGGAACAGAGUGUCCCUGGCUUCAGAUCAAUGGGUGUGCUGUCUACAUGACCGGCUGGGGGAGGACAUGGAAUCUGCACAUACUAAGGAAGAGGGAAAUCACAGGGAGAAAUUGCAAUGUGUGACAGUAAUCAACCUCACCCAACCUGGCAAGUUCCUCACAUAUCACUCUGUGGCAGAUUCAGCUGGAAUGAACCCUCUCAAGCCAGUGAUUGCUCUGAAGGCUGGCACCAAAUUUCAAGUGUACAACAUAUCAACUCGAGAACUUCUCCACCAGUGUACUAUGGAACAUGAAGCUGUGUACUGGACAUGGGUCAACUCUGAGCUGAUAGCCAUAGUAUCUGAUAAUGCAUUGUAUCACUGGUGCUUAGAAAAAGAAAAUUCAGUCCCAGAAGAGGUGUUUAAAUUGGACAUAAGAAUGUCUAAUUGCCAGAUAGUAAGUUACAAGACAGAUGCUUCAUUUCGAUGGCAUGCUAUGACAGCUCUUAAUGUUGAGGAGAACAGCAUUUCUGGUGUUACACAGUUUUUCUGUCGUGAACUGUGUGCGUCUCAAUGUGUGUCUGCCCACGCUGUGUGCUUUGCUCAAUAUACCUUGGAUGACAACCCAUAUCCCUCCACAGUAUUAUGCUUAGCUUCAAGACAGGACUGUACACUCAAUGGAAAGAUCCAUGUUUUGGAACUUGGUCCCCAUACCCCUGGCAACUAUGCACCCACUAGUCACUCCACAGACAUUACUUUCAUAGAAGAAUACAAUAAAUAUGAUUUCCCAGUCUCACUGCAGGUCAGUGAAUGCCAUGGACUUCUUUAUAUCCUUACCAAGUAUGGGCACCUCUACCUCUGCAGUAUGAGCAAUGCUGCCUGCUUGUUCUCCAUGGCAAUCUCUAGUCACGUCUUGUUCUCUACAGCCUUCAACUCAGCUAGUGAAGGAGUACUGGCCAUAAACAGGGCAGGCCAGGUCUUGUCCAUUUGUGCCAACCGGGACUCCCUUAUUCGACAUGUGCGCCAUGCUCUUCACAAACCCAAGCUUGCCGAAAAACUGGACGUCCUGUUGCACAAAAAUACACUCAUUAGGCUGUGAUCAAGAAACUGAUUCUCAUGAAGCUAUAUAUUUGUGGAAACAUCCCAUAUUGUAUGGCAUCUGUUCAAUCAUGUAGCAUCUCUUAUAGAUUUGAAUGGUCUAAAAGAAACUCAAGUUUAGUAUUGCUAAAUUUGGAGAGCAUUUUUUCUUUUGAUCAUGAAAUGUUCACUGAAAAAGUAAUAUAAAACACCUUGAGUAGUAAGUGAUGAGAGGUUGUGGAGAGUUGAGUUUGGAUAGAUUUAUUUUACAUAAAUAUUGAAGGGGAAUAACAGAAAAAUGUCAUUUUUAUUAAGUGAAGCACAUCAACAGUUGAUAUAGAAUCCUUUUAGUAUUGCAACCAUUAGUACAGGUUUCAUCUUUGAAGAUCUCAUUUUAGCUGUUGUGUUUACAACUCAAACCUGUUAUGACAAUCAGCUAUAAUUAUUCUCACUGCAAAUGAUGCUACACUUAAUCUAUGGACAUUUUGACAUGUUGAAAUUGAAGUAUUAUUUAAACGUUAAUCAUUUUAUUUAUGUUCAUUUAUGAUCCUUGUGAUCAAAAUCAUUUAAUCAUGGGAAUGAUGGGGAGUGGCAAAGAGUUCCCAUAUCUUAACUAGUUUUUUUACAUGUACCAUGACAUCCCACAGUGGAGAGGAGAUUUCAUCACAACGAACUUUGUUUAAAUAUUCAAAGUCAAUUCUGCUGAUUUAUGUGAUGAUUGUGGCAAGGAAAAGAAGAACAUAAUAGUGGAUAUCAGUGUUUUCUUGGGCAGCCAAGAUUUGUGCAUCUUCCUAGGAAGAUGAGUCAGUUCAGUACGGUGCUAUUCCUGUAAAUACUUGCAUUGUUUUUUUCUUUUGUGUAAGAUAUAUAUUUUAUAGUUUUCUUGCAGUAAAAUGGGUAAUAUAUUGUUAGUAUUAUUUGAUUGUGAUAUGUGGUAGGUAAACCAGUGUACUGUCUCAUCAAACAUAUGUUUUUGUACAUUUGAUGUUGUUAGGUUUAACGUGCCAAGUGCAUAGAGCUAGCUGCUUACAAUAACAUGGAUAAAAAGCAUAUAUGAAAUGUGCUCCUAAACUAUGAAUUCAGGUUACAAAGAUCUUUAUAGACUUGUCUGAUUUUGUGGACCAUACACAGGAUCUGUAACAUGUUUAUCAAUAAAAAUGUAGGGAAAAAA